AUGGAUAACUCUAACAAAACUAGCGAUAUCACAGUCCACGAUGUAAUCAUCAUCGGUGCCGGCCCCUGUGGUUUAGCUGUCGCAGCGCGUCUUUGCGAACACACCCCCUCAGCCAUCUUCACCGACGAGGAGCACCAGCGUUACCACUGGAUCAAGAAACAUGGUGCCCAGACGGCGAUCAAGAAUAAGAAGAUGGGUGCGGUCAUGAAACCGCCUUCAUGCCAAGGAAGAAGCUACUCGACACUUGUGCUGGACGCCUCGGGCGAUGAGUGGAUGAGCCGAUGGAACAAGCUCUUCAAGACCUUCGAGAUUGACCACCUGCGCAGUCCCAUGUUCUUCCACGUCGAUCCUAGCGACAGGGAUGCCUUGCUGGCAUACACCCAUGAGGUUGAUAAGGAAGAAGACUUGGUGGAGAUAAGAGAGUGUGUGGGGAAGGAAAUUAGCAAACACCACAAGAAGAAGCGGGCCAAGGCUCGAGGACCGAAGCCCAACGCCCAGGUUGUAAUUGACGAACGAGACCGGAAAGACUACUUCACGCCGUCCCUUCCACUGUUCUCGUCGCACUGCCAAUGCAUUGUCGACCGGUACGGGCUGCGCAAAGAUCUUGUCAAGCAAGAGGAAGUGCAGGACAUUGAGUACAGCAUCAUGCGCGACAUCUCGGACGUCGACAAGGUUUUUACACUGCGGACGGACAAGAAUGUCCAUUAUGCCCGAACCGUCGUGCUAGCUGUCGGGCCGGGCAACGCUCCCCGAAUCCCAGACCCGGAGCCGCCGAUCAUCGAACAGGGCUGUCCGCAGAUGUGCCAUAGCAUGCAGAUCCAGAAGUUCCCGGAUCCGAUCGUCUCGAGCAAGAUAAAGGCGAAGAAGGAGACGAACGUCAUGGUCAUAGGUGGUGGUCUGACGUCGGCUCAGUUGUCCGACAUGGCAGUCCGUAAGGGCGUGACCAAGGUUUGGCACCUGAUGCGCGGGCCAUGCAAAGUAAAGCCAUUCGAUGUCGAUCUGGCAUGGAUGGGCAAGUUUCGUAACAUCGAGCAAGCCGUCUUCUGGACUGCGGACACGGACGAAGAGCGUCUCGAAAAAAUUAAAGCGGCCCGUGGCGGCGGUAGCAUCACGCCUCUCUUCCAUAAGAAGCUCAAGCUGCACAUGGCAAGAGGGAGUGUAGCGUUGCACACAAACACUGCCGUAGUUAGCAAGACGUACGACGCCGAAAGCCGGACGUGGAGCGUGCGGACUCGUCCCGAGAUCCCAGAGCUCCCGCCCAUGGUCUACAUCUACUACGCGACGGGGAUCCAGACGGACUUUGCGACGUUACCGUUCCUCAAGUCGAUGAUGCGCGACUACCCCAUCCACGGGCACGGCGGGCUACCAUGUCUGAAUGACGACCUCAUGUGGAGUGACGCCGUGCCGUUGUAUGUGACGGGACGGCUGGCGAGCUUGAGGCUCGGGCCCGCGGCGCCGAAUCUGGGGGGCGCGCGGGUUGGUGCAGAGAGGGUGGUGUGGAGCAUCGAGGACGUGUUGGGUCGAGAGGAGGCGACGAACGAGCGAUUGGAUUUUGCGAGUGCUCGAGGAAACAUGUACCAUAGCUUGGGGGUGGAGGAGGAGUAG